UAAUUAUUAUAGUAUUUGAACGCUUUCUAUAUUUAAAGCUAUUUUUCCACUGGAAUCAUGACAAUCGGCUUUAGAGCAUUUUCCAGGCUUGUUGCACCUAUUGUUGGUAACGUAGUUUGUUUAUCAAGAGCUCAGUUCGUCACAGGAGUAAAAAUGGCUGAGAAUCCCGAUUACAAAACUGCAACUUCGGUCCAUGAGUUUACCGUGAAGAAUAUUAAGGGGGAUGAGGUGAAGCUGGAUGUGUACAAAGGGCAUGUGUUGAUUAUUGUGAAUGUUGCAUCGCAGUGCGGCCUUACUGCUAACAACUACAAACAACUGAACGAGCUGUACGAUCAGUAUGCUGAGAGCAAAGGUCUGCGCAUCCUGGCGUUCCCUUGCAACCAGUUUGCUGGACAGGAGCCUGGUGACCCCGAGCAGAUCCAAUGCUUCAUCGCUGACCGUAAAGUGAAGUUCGACAUGUUUGAGAAAAUUGAUGUCAAUGGUGACGGUGCCCAUCCUCUGUGGAAGUUCUUGAAGCACAAACAAGGCGGCACUUUGGGCAGUUUCAUCAAGUGGAACUUCACCAAAUUCAUCAUUGACAAGAACGGCGUUCCCGUUGAACGCCACGGACCCAACACAGAUCCUUUGGACUUGGUCAAAUCCCUUGAGAAAUAUUGGUAAAAUAAAACCCUAAAGGUAGAUUAAGGCCCCAAAAGUGUGCCAGUAGCAUCACAUUGUAGGAUCACAUUCACGGUCCGUUGUGUUUUCCAUCAUUUUUAUCCGCAACUUUUGCGAGAUGCCGCGACAUUCGUGAUCUCAAACGAGCUUGAGUUGAUGAUUUGCUUGAUGUCCCGCACAACGGAGCGUGAUUUGAGCACACAACUAACAUCCUGGGGUUCGAUUCGUGUUCUAUAUUCAAAUUAAGAUAAAAAUGAGUAACAAUGUUCAGAAUUAGAUAUUAAGAUAUUUACUUGAAAUGUAUCACGCUUUAUAGUAGUUGCAAGUUUAGGUGUUGUGAUUAGCUGCCAUCCAUUUUUUUUACGGAUAUGAUAACACCAUAACGGUUAAAAUGAUAAAAUUCUCGUCUUUUGGGAACAAUUUGUUAUCAAACACGGACUUCGAUCUUUUCACUAGCUAUUAAUUUACAUUGGUGAUACAUAAUAAUUAAAUGGCAUACGAAUUGUGAUUUUUCGUCAGUUGUUUUUUCUAGUCUAGAUUUUUUCGGCUAGAAUAGUUGAGUACCAUUUAUAAGGUGCAAGUUUAGUGUAGUUAAGGGUAAGGGAAAAUCUAAUCGGGAUUUAUAAACUCAUAAGAGUUCUUUUUAUAUAGUUUCACUAAAAUAUGUUUGAUUCAAAGAUCAAAAAGACAUAAGUAGUUUUAUAUACUAUUAAUCAUCUACACCUUUGCAUUUGAAUGGCUGUCGCACUCUAUUAUAUAAUAUACGUCUGUUAUAUGUUUGUAAUAUAUCUAAUACAAAUAUAUGUCUUUCCGUUGCUAUUAUUGUUCACAAAUAAACUAUAUUUUA